GAUAUAAGCUUUCAAACAUUACAGUAACAUGAUGCCUGUAAGUGUAAAGUAUUUCGAAUUACACGUCAUUGGUUACACGUCACGUCCGGGAAUAUUAUUAAUUAACCAUAGCUGAUACGACAAUAACAACGACUUCCUGGAAUUUUCAAGACGAUAUUACAACCCCCUUGUUUAGUGAUCCCUACAUAUACCCAAUAAAAGAAACUCCAUUAAGGCAUUGUAUUAAUAUGUUGUAUUUGGUAUAUACGCAAUACAGGUGAACCAAAAACAAAUGUACAUGCACUACAUAUAUGUACAACAACUUAUGACGCUGGAGAUACGAAAUGCACUUGAUGUGGAAGUACAGCAUAUAUACGUACUAUAGGCUGUAGUCUAUAGGCCCCUACAUUUUGUAUAUAUGUAUGGUUAAAUAGCAAGAAAUGUAUCAAGCAUUUUGCAGUUAUUUGUUAAGCUACAGCCAAUGAUGACUGACCUUAUUUAUCAUGAAGUUUUAUAUAUAGAAAAGCAUACAUUUGAGCAGAAUAUUCUGCACAGAUAUUAUAGUAUAUAUAGCAUACACCUUGUAACGUUAAACAUUAUAGGGAGACUCAUCUUAUAUAAACUGUUCAAGAUGCGUUUCAUGUUUCUAAUGCUGGUAUUAAUUUUGGUUCCCUCAACGUUUCAACUAAUUCAAGUCAACAGAGGAAGCUUCCAGAAAAUGUACUCCUCCAAAAAACCAAAGAAAGUGCCGAAUGUUUUAUAUAAUACGUGUUUGGUUGCAACACCCAAACAUGUGAAAGCUAUAGCUUAUCCGACAGAUCCACUGCAGCCGUAUACCUUUAAUGUCAGCGUUAUAGAUAUACAGCAGUACAGUGUAUUGGUGGAGCUUGAACGCACAGACCAGAACUCGGGGUGGGACGAAAUUUCCAUCACUUUGGAUUGGGAAUCUAGGAUGUACAAUUUGCCAUUGACCGAUUGUAAACAAACGCAUAUGGUCGGGCUCUUUGACAGUGGAAUCUAUGAAGUAAAGAAGAACGGAGCUAUAAUUGAAGUUUACUGCGAUAUGAAAACGGACGGUGGUGGAUGGACGGUUUUCCAGCGACGAAUAAACGGUCAACAAGAUUUUUAUCUUACAUGGGACGAAUACAGACAAGGGUUCGGCAAUAAGAGUGGAGAAUUUUGGAUGGGGUUAGACAAUUUACAUUCGUUUACACAAAACGGAUCAUUUGAGUUAAGGAUUGAGCUCACAAAUUGCGAAAAUCAAAUAUUUUAUGCCAAGUACCGGACAUUUAAAGUGAUGGAUCUAUUAACGAAGUUUCGAUUGCUGGUUGGAAAUUUUAGUGGAAGUCCUGGUUUACAAGAUUCUCUGUCACACCACAACGGCGUUCCUUUUUCGACAAAGGAUCGUAACAACGACGGUUUGGGUUCUUACCCAAUACCUUGCGCUGAUCAGUACCGUGCUGGAUGGUGGUAUCAAGCGUGCCACACCGCCAACCUUAAUGGAGAGUUUCGCCCGUGUGCUAAAACACCACUUUCAAUGACCUGGCGGAACAAUGACGCCUUCGUUGGGUUCCGAUUUACUGAAAUGAAGUUUCGUCCGCUUUAAAAAAAAACUAAUGUACGGACUGAUUACAUUGGAGUAUAUGUAACUGCAAUGGUAUAAUUAUGCUGUUACAAAUAUGAAUGCCAGUAUAUAUAAUAGGGUGGGAAAAGAGCGGACACCUUUAGUACAUAUAAUAACCAAACAUCCGGAUUGUGUUUCAAACAAUUAUCAGCGGUCCAUGAGAAUACGG